AUGGCUGCCUCCAGGUGGCUGCGGUUGGUACUGGCUCUACUCUGUGUCUCCGACCUGCUCUUAACCACGGCUAAAGAGGCCACCGAGGAAGAGACCCAGCUGCCUUCACAGAAGAAGAAGAACAUUCUCCAGUACAACGAUGCGGACAUGGAGCAGCUGCUGAAGCAGUGGGAGAAAGACGAUGUUUUGGAAGAAUGGGAGCUUCCCGAACAACGAAAACCACUAGAUACCUCGCAAGCUGCACCAGGCAAGCCUGACAGUCUUCUAAAAAUGACGAAAAAGGGAAAAACCCUUAUAUUGUUUGCAACGGUGUCAGGCAAUCCCACAAAAAAGGAGACGCAAGAAAUAGGAGGCUUAUGGCAGUGGAGUCUUUUCAAUGCCAACUAUAAUCUCCAAAGGGUUACUGUUGGGACAGAUGUUGUUAUCUUCAUGCUUCCUGAUGGGAGCAAAGCUUGGGAGAUCAAAGAAUUUUUGGUAAACCAAGACAGAUGUGCCGAUGUGACUCUACAAGGGCGGGUAUACCCUGGCAAAGGAGGAAGUAAAAACCAAACGAAAGCAGAGGUCAAGAAAAAGGAAGAAGACAAGAAAACUAGAUCCUUUAAAGAAAGUCGAGGCAUAAGGCAGAGAGAUGACCUCUGA